GCUGAAUAAUAAAAACGUUAUCUUGAAAGUUUGCCUUCCUUUUAACAAGAAAGAAAGAAAGGAGAAUAAGCUGUUUGAAAAAAAGGAAAAAAAAUGUCAUCGGUUUCGCUGUCAUUUCUACAGAGCGCAUGCUGUCAGAAACAGCUGAAUAAUAAGCUCUUAUUCAAUCAGCCAACGCCGCCAUUGAUGUCAUCAUUCAGCAGCAAAAGAAGAGUGUCUCUGAUUGUGGAAGCCAGUGCUCGAACACGACAGGAUAACCGACAAGCUCGUCAUGCCCGUAUCCGUAAGAAGGUGGAAGGGACACCCGAAAGACCAAGAUUAUGUGUUUUUCGUUCCAACAAGCAUAUGUAUGUCCAAGUGAUAGACGAUACUAAAAUGCAUACUCUUGCAUCAGCUUCAACGAUGCAGAAACCCCUUUCUGAAGAGUUUGAUUUCACCUCCGGUCCCACUAUCGAUGUUGCUAAGAAAAUAGGAGAAGCUAUUGCAAAGUCGUGCAUCGAGAAAGGGAUCACAGCCGUUGCCUUUGAUCGAGGUGGUUAUCCUUAUCAUGGACGUAUUCAGGCACUUGCUGAUGCAGCUAGAGAACAUGGUCUUCAGUUCUAGUAAUUUGGCCCCAUCUUUUCUGGUUCUUUUUGUAUUUUGAGAUUGAAUCUUUUUUGUUCGCCCUAUUUAUCUCCCAAGAAGAUUUAUUGUUGUGAAUUUGUGAUAUGCCAAUGCUGCAUAUAUUUGUUAGUUUUAAUUAGAUUUUCUCAAA